UUGAGCUCACGUUCGAGUCACUUGACUUUCUAAAAUAAAUUAGAAUGAUAUUACAAGUCAUUAUUUUUGCAUCAGAAAGGAACACGUUGAAUUAUUAACUACAGGAUCAAACUGUGAGGAAGCGCUCCUAAAUUUAUAGGACAGGUGACUUUGUGUAGAAGAGAACAAACUCCUUCAGGAUGAGACUGUGGAUACUCGUCAUUAUCCCGGUGUGCGCAUCAUCUCCUCUGCCAGCCGGAACGACUAAAUCCAAAGGUCCGGCUGUGGAGAGCCGCUGCUCCGGCCGAGCCUGCAACCCCCGCAUGGGCAACUUGGCCCAGGGCAGAGUGCUGAGCACCCAGUCGGUCUGCGGCUCCAACUUCUCGGAGGCCUACUGCGUCUUCAAAGAGACGGCUUCGCCCCGUAGCAGGGAGUCCGCGGCAGCAAAAUGCAGCAAGUGCAACUCUGCCAUCCUCCAGGCGCACCCUCCCUCUGCCAUGAGCGACUCUUCGUUCCGCUACCCCGCCACUUGGUGGCAGUCGCAGAGGGGAUGAGGGAGGAAGACGCUGCAGCUCGACCUGGAGACGGGCUUCCUCCUCACCCAUCUCAUCCUGGUGUUUCGCUCACCCCGCCCGGCUGCCAUGGUGCUGGAGCCGCUCCAGGACCAGGGGCACACGUUGGAAAGCCCUCAGGUAUUUUUGCCAGAGACUGCGAGGGGCUGUCUGGCCUGGGUAGAGGGGUCGCCAGGCGGGGGAGCAACCUGCACCUCCAAGUAUUCAGGAGCGUCCCCUUGUACCAGAGGAGAGGUGAUCUAUCGAGCUUUAUCGCCCUGGAACUCAGUGGAUCCAUAUGGACCAGCCGCCAUGGACCAGCUCAUGAUCACCAACCUCAGAGUCCGUCUGCUGCAGCGCCAGCGGUGUCCCUGCCAGGCCAAACAUCCUGGGGGUGAUGUCCUCCCCACAGACCACUACGCCAUCUAUGAUUUCAUUGUCAAAGGCAGUUGCCUUUGCAAUGGACAUGCUGACCACUGCGUACCAGCCAGGGGCUACCGACCCAUCCAACAGAAGACCAACAACAUGGUCCACGGCAAGUGUGUUUGCAGACACAACACUGCCGGUGAGCACUGCGAGCGCUGUGCCCCUCUCUACAAUGACCAACCCUGGCAGGCUGCCAACGGCAUCAUAGGGACACCACAUGAGUGCCAGAAGUGCAAGUGUAACGGUCACGCUAAGAGCUGUCACUUCAGCCGUGGAUUGUGGCUAGCGACAGGACGGCGGAGUGGCGGCGUGUGCGACGACUGCCACCACGACACAGAGGGCCGUCACUGCCAGAGCUGUGAGAGGGGCUUCUUCAGAGACCCCAGCCGACCAAAAACUGCCCCUGACUCCUGCAAAGCCUGUUCCUGCCACCCUGUGGGCUCCGUCCUCUCAGGAGGGAGCACUCUCUGUAACCCUCGCAGUGGGGAGUGCUCUUGUAAGCCCGGUGUCGGGGGCCCCCGCUGUGACAGCUGCAUGCUGGGAUACUGGGGGCUCCACGGAUAUGGCUGCCGUCCAUGUGACUGCACGGGGGACUGUGACCCCUACACUGGUGACUGCAUCUCUGGCUCAGACGUGGAGGUCUUCUAUACAGCCACCGGCCACAUGGGACACAGCAGCAAUACUAGUGAGAUGGCACUCUUUAGGCUAGAGGAGCUUUUCUCUGCACUGCACCACUCCGAGAAAUGUGAAUGUGUAGAAGUUACACUUGGCAGCCCUAAACUCUUCUGUGCUGCAGAGUAUGACUAUGUGCUGGUGGGGAAGGUAAUGUCAGCUCACGAUAAAGGCUCCCAUGCAGAGGUGGAGGUCAAGGUCAAGAAAGUCUUGUACCAGAACCCCCAGAUGAAGAUCCAGAGGGGAAGCGUUACCCUCUACCCAGAGUCCUGGACCACUCAUGGCUGUACCUGUCCCGUCCUCAACCCAGGAUCUGAAUAUGUCGUGGCUGGUCAUGAGGACUGGAAGACCGGCCGGCUGAUGAUCAACACCAAGAGCCUGAUUAAAUCGUGGAAGUCAACCCUGGGACGUAAAAUUCUCCACAUCCUCAGAAAUGACUGUGGCCGCCGGUAGGGCAACGGUGAUCUGUGACAUACUGGAGUGUGCAAAAUAAACAGAGGGUCUGUUCGAAUUAGGCAAUGCUUUGACACUUAAAUGAAAGCAGAAUCUAAUGCCCACUGCGGGGAUUUUACUGUUUCUUUUAUGUCUCAAGUGAAGUGUACUUCCUCAGGAAAAAGCUUAAAUGCCACGGUGCUGUGGUUGUUAGCCUGAGGUAGCAAUAAGCACAUACCUCACCAGAAUCCAGUCACUUUAGAGUAGAAAAGAACAACGGCUUUCAUCUUAACAGACAACGCUGAUGGUGAACUUUCAUUCCUGUACAGUAUGAUAUUUUCCAGGUUAUUUAUAAAGAAUAAGCGAAGCAUGUUAAAAACUCAAUUACACUUUAUUUCCGGGCCAAAGGUUCUGUGAGAGUUGAUGAGCCAGUCUCGUCCUACUGCAUCAAUUUCACUGCGAGCUGUUUACUUUGAAAUCCUGAAAAGGGAGCGGAGUAAAUUAUCCUUGUCGUCUCACAGAUAUUGCCGAUAAAUCACGAAUGGAGUCAACAUCUGAAAUGUGUGCGAGUGUGGAUGUGUGCAUUCGCUUGAUGUCCUUGGCAGCGAGUCGGGGACUGUGCAGGUCACAACAAGCAACUCCUGGAUGAGGGGAGGAGGAUGAAAAAAAACAUUAAAGGAAUCAGACGGCUUAAUCUGAACAGCUCAGCACCGGCAAACUGUAUGAAGAGCAAAGCACACUGCUCCACCAUCUCAGGCCUGGCGUACAUGCAACCGGCAUGUACACUUGGGAUUGAGUUUGGGGCCAUUGUCAGGUUGCUCCAGACAGAAUCUGUGAGGAUUUUGAACCUGCCUCCUUGUGAGGAGGAUUUACUUAAAAAGGCCUCUCAACACCCUGUGGGAGCCAGUGUGUGUGUGUGUGUGUGUGUGUGUGUGAGAAAGAGCACACUCUUUAACAUAUGCUCCUCUUUUUGGCCUGUGACUCCUGCCGCUCCAAAAUAAACAUGUAUUAAAAGCCACUGACAUCACAGUGUGUCAGAUCCGGAGUCCACGGGCCCAGUUAAGAAUAGGUCUGGUCCGCUGUCUCCAAGGAGAAGGACAAACUCCGUGAGGAGACAUGAUGCAUUCUUCCAACGUGACAUCAACGGUCAUGUCCUUGUCACCAAAGACUUUACCAAAAGAAGAGAAAUGAGCUUGAGAUUUUCUUGUAAAGGACAAAGUGGCGAUUUAGCGUACAUGAAUGUACUCUGCCAUCAAUGUGAUAUUUGUAUUGCUAUUUCUGUGUGUUCUAAUGUGGGGUUUUUUUCCAUCUAAACUACAAAUACAAAAAUCUGUGUGCUAAUUCUUAAUGCUUCAGGGAACAAUCUGCUUCUUUCCAUGCUGACAUAAUGCUAAAGCACAAGACUAUGAAUAACCUGAUGUGUGUUACUGCAAUAUCUUCACUAGUGCAGGUGGCUGACUGAUGUAUGACCCAUGUAUUAGUACCGCCCUCUUUUGGUUAAAGGAGAGAAACACACCUUUAUGUCGUCUGAUAUUUGUCAUGUAAUUAAGUAUUGGGAGCUCUCACGCAAUUAUGCACACAGUAAUUGAUGCAAGAUUUAUAACAAUUUAUUUCUUACAAAACUGCUUUAAAUUAAAAUAGAGCAAAGAACUAUAGAAAUAUUUCAUUUCAGUUUCCUCUCAAGGUCUUAAUAAC